AUUGUUUUGUAUUUUAAAUUUACAACGCAUCGUUUCCGUAAGUUAUCUUUCUUUCCGAAGUUUCUCUUUUUCUGCUGUGUCUCACAAGCACGAGGUCAUCAUGUCGUCGCAUUUGAACUGGAUGAUCAUCCGCAACAACAAUGCUUUCCUUCUUAAGAAGAGAAACAUUAGCAAACCUUUUUCAACGGAGCCAAAUAAUUUAACCAACUUGAGUAGCUACCGGUACUCUGGAUUGGUACACCGUAAAACUGUUGGAAUCGUCGAUACUCCAGACAAAAAAGGAUUCACAGUUGUUUACAAGAAACCUAAGGCUGCCACCAAGCCAGCUAAAGCUACCAUUAGACAAACAAUGAAAGCUGGAGCACGUCGUUCUCUUUACAAGUUAAAGAACUUGCUAUCAUGCAAUAAAUACCGUCGUGAUCUCAUCAAGCCAGCUCUCCGUCGUGCAAGUGCUGUCAUCCGAUCACAAAAGCCACUUCCCGCAAAGAAGACCCGUGCACCUAAAAAAGCUGAUUAAAACUGCUAAUUUUAUUAAUAAUAAAUAUUUCAAACUAA